AUGACGGACUCUCAGACGAGGUAUCUGCCCAUGGAGAAAUUGGCAUUGGCCCUCGUUUCAGCUAAAAUGAGCCUCUUGCCUUACUUUCAAUCACAUAGGAUUGUGGUCCUCACUGAGUUUCCUCUCAAAGCUGUCCUUCGAAAGACGGACACGUCAAGCCGGAUCCUGAAAUUCUCUCAAGACCUGGCCAAUUUUGACAUCCAGUUUGAACCUCGGACCGCCAUCAAGGGUCAGGCCUUGGCCGACUUAUUUGUCGAGCUCACUCCCGGAUUGCAAGACGAAGCCAACGCCUUGGCCACCGCUGCGGAAGAAGCUCGGAUUCAGGAUGAAAAAGUUUCGAAAGAAACAUGUAGCCAUUCCAUGGAGCCCCUCCGCGCUCGGUACACCUUGGGACAAAAGAAACCGAAGCGGCAAUGGAGGCUCUUCUCUGGCGACGCCUGGCGAAUGACCGUCGAUGGAGCCUCGAAUGUUCACGGGGCUAGUGCGGGCAUCGUCCUUGUGUCUCCGAAUUCGAUUCACAUCUUUUGUGACUCUCAGCUUAUUGUGGGUCACUUGAACGACGAUUAUCAAGCCAAAGAUUUGGCCGAGUGGAAGUGGAAUGGAUCGCUCGGGAGCACAAUGCAUGCUGACGCCCUGGCAGGUCUUGCUUCGAUUUACCGAACCUCGGGCAGUCGCAUUAUUGUCUUUGACAAAGUCGCAACGCCGAGCUUCGAGCAGCCAUGCCAAUUAGUAAUGGCGAUUUCCCUCGGUCCAAGUCAACUAGAUCCGGUAAUUGAUUAUCUGAAGAACCAGGUGUUACCACCGAACAAACGCGACGCAUACAAACUCCGUUGCCGAGCAGCUAAUUUUUUCCUGGAUCCAAACGACAACCUCUACCGAUGGACUUUCACUGGCCCAGAUUUGCUUGUCGACCACGAAGACCACGUGAAGACCGUUCUGGAGGAACUCCACUCGGGAAGCUGUGGGGCGCAUUCCGGAGGACGGUCCCUUGCACAGCGUGUGCUGACGCAGGGCUAUUGGUGGCCGAAGAUGGUUAAACAGUCGAAGGAGUACGUGAAGCGAUUUGGCAAGAUGCCAAAGGCACCUAGAGGAUUUGAGUAUAUGCUCACAGCCACAGAUUUGUUCACUAAGUGGAUUGAAGCUUCCCCUUUGGUCAAGACAACUGCAAGCGACGUGGAACGUUUUAUUUGGAAGCAUAUCAUCUCACGGUUCGGCGUACCUUACGCCAUCCUUUCUGACAAUGGCUCCUAG